AUGGACGAACGCCUCCUGAAAGCAGCGACUGAUGGUGAUUCCACGUCCAUGAAGUACUAUGCUUGUCGUAAUCCAGGCAUCCUUCUCGGAAAGACUUUGCGGAUGAACACUUGCCUUCACAUAUCCUCCAUCCAUGGUCACCAGAGAUUCUCCGCGGAUGUGGUGGCACUGGAGGAGUCUCUCCUCACCGCUGUAAACUUAGAUUGGGAGACGCCACUUCUUGCGGCGGUGAGAAAUGGUCACGUCUCUUUGGCUUCUUUUUUACUCGGAAGCUGCCAUCAGCUAGGAAUGGGGCAAGCAAUCUUAAAGCAAGACAAAUAUGGAUUUAACGCACUACACCAUGCCAUUCGCAAUGGCCAUGAGGAGCUUGCGCUGGAGUUGAUUACAGCAGAGCCUUCUCUGUCGCGAGCUGUGAGCGAAUGCAACGAGUCACCCAUGUUCUUCGCCUUGACAAGGAAUUUUACGCGUGUGUAUGAGCAGCUAGUUCAAGAUCCUCUUUCUUCUUAUACGGGAGGACUACACGAUCGCAAUUGCCUACAUGCCGCAGUCAGAAAUGGGAAUCCAGAAAUGGCAAAGCAUAUUCUGAGAAACUAUCCUGGACUAAUGAUCACUGAAGACAUCAAUAAAGUUACUCCAACAAGACAUGCUGUACUUUUUGACAAGAUUGACAUGUUACGAGUAAUACUGUUACAUGAUCCAACCAAAGGAUACGAAAUAAACAGUAUGGGUGAUCCUCUCCUUGCUGCUGCCGCAUAUCGAGGUCGAAUUAAUGCUGCUCGAGAGCUUCUGAAACACUGUCCUGAUGCUCCUUAUCGCCAAGAAAAUGGUGGGACAUUGCUUCAUAGAGCUGUAUGGGAUAACCAAAUAAAGUUCGUUAAAUUUGUCCUGACGACACCGCUACUUCGCAAACUCAUCAACAUGCAAGACAAGACUGGAAAAACCGCUCUACAUUAUGCAGUCCGGAAGUGUGAUCCGGAACUAGUUAGUAUUUUACUAUCUCACGAGGAUAUAGAUGCGACAGUGCUUGACAACAUCGGUGUUUCAGCGGCUUGGGAACUGAAGUACGUCAUGGAGAAUGCCAAGACUUUAAACUGGAAUGAAGUCUUGAUGCUUAUGCUAAAAGCAGAUGCCCAAAAUGCCACAUCUCUCUAUAAUCUUCACGGGAAAGCCAAGCAACAAGCAAUCGAUGCUGGAAGGAAGGAUGCAAAGUCACUAACUAAGACAUACACAACAAACAUUUCACUAGUGGCCAUUCUCAUAACAACAAUCACCUUUGCUGCUGCUUUCACCCUGCCUGGAGGAUACAGCAGUGUUGAUGGAAGCGAGGGACUUCCGAUCAUGUCUCAGAAGGUUGCAUUUCAAGCAUUCUUGAUCUCUGACACCUUAGCAAUGUGCUCCUCAUUUGCCGUUGCUUUCAUAUGUGUCAUAGCAAGGUGGGAGGAUUAUGAGUUCUUGAUUUAUUACACGUCUUUCACUAAGAAGCUCAUGUGGUUUGCAUACGUGGCAACUACAACGGCUUUUUCAACUGGUUUAUACACGGUGUUAGCGUCUCGGCUCCAUUGGUUGGCCACUGCAAUUUCCGUUCUGGUAGCUUUAUUGCCCAUUCUAACCAAGCUUCUUGGCGAAUGGCCUAUUUUGAAGCUCAGAUUCCGGUUGGGAAAAACUUUCAACUCCGAUCUCUUGGACAUGGUGUGA